CUGAUACAGUGGUGUUGUCUCCAUCUACUGCAUCAUACUCGCUGAAUGAAAAUUCAUCAAUGCAUAACACUACCUGUUUUGCUGAUUGUUUCCCUGCCUGUACGUACACAUGGACACAAUCUGAAGAAGAAAUAGGCAGCAAAACGUAUGGUGUGCUAUCUCUGGGAACUUUACAGAGACAUGAAACAGGCAUUUACAUUUGCAUUGCAAAGAAUCCAAGGUCUGCCGUCACAGCCAACAGUCAGACAGUUGCGGUAAAGAUCAGAUACGGCCCUGACUCGUUGACCAUGUCACCAUCUUCUAUCAGCUACACUAUGAUUGAAGGGGAAUCUAUGAAUAAUAUCAUCUGCUCGGCCACCUGUUAUCCAGAACAGUGCACUUUUAUAUGGACAAAGUCGGGUGUUGAAACUUCAAUCAGCAACACUGGUGUUUUGUCACUGGGAUCUCUUCAAAGAAGGGACGCAGGCAUCUACACGUGUACUGUAAGGAAUCCUGGAUCCAAUGCCACAGCCUCAAGCCAAGGCAUUGAAGUCCUAGUAAGAUACUGCAACGCAAGCGCAAAUCAACAAUCACUUUCCCAGGUUGGGCCCAUUGUCGGUGGAGUUGUUCCAGGGAUUUUGCUUGUUUGCUUAAUAGGGAUUCUGGUUUUCUGACGGCUUACACACCGUAUUCACUUCACGAAAAAAGGUAAAGAAUGCCAUGCAGCAGUUUACGAAACUCUUCGCAAGAGUACAGAAAUAACAAACCGUGAGUAAACUGCUUGUAAUGUGGAUGCUUUAAUUUAAAGAGAUUAUAAACAUACCUUAACAGUUUUAAUUAUAAGCAUGUAUUUUAAAAGGGUCGGUAUCAAUAAAUGUUGUAUGUCGCUUGUUGGGCAAUUCAUACUUUUUUUAAUGUACUAUUUCUUGUAAACAUUAUUUUCAAAAACAUACAUUUUUUUGCAUUGAUAACAUGCAUUAUAACAAAUAUC